CUAUAUCAUAUGUAAAUGAUAAGCAGAUAGCAUGUUGUAAAUACACAGUAUACAUUUAACCUACUUAUCUGAUAAAUAAACAACUAAAUCUAAUAGGUGAAAUAUACGGGUGUACACAAACAUGGAAGACGGACGCACUAUCGUUGUGGCAUUGGAUGGCAGUCAUCAUUCGGAUUAUGCAUUUGAUUGGUAUUUGAAUAAUAGCAAACGAGAUGGUGACAAUGUUGUUAUUGUGACUUGUUUUGACAAACAUCAUGGACAUCAUCACGGACAUGGAAGUGGUGACGUGCAUGAGACUACAACUAAACUACAAGCAGAUAUAGAUUCUCAUAAAUCUCAAGCAGAUGAAUUUAAAGAGAAAUUAAGAUUGGCUGGGGUAAAAGGAGAUGUUGUGGCCAGUGCAGGAAAACCAGGAGAAGUUGUGGUUCAUGUGGCAUCCGAGAGGAACGCUAGUAUGAUAAUUUGCGGGUCACGAGGUCAUGGUGCACUACGAAGGACCAUCAUGGGUAGCAUCAGUAGUUACAUCGUCCACCAUUCAAUUAUUCCUGUUGUAGUUUGUAGGAACAAAAGCCACCACGACCCAGCCAAUGAGCACCAUAAUAAACAUCACUGAUAGGGUAGUUUUGUCUUCAACUGUGCAAUCUUCAUCAAGUUAUUAAUCAUUUUUCUGAGAGCUCAGGGUCAAUCAUUACAUCGGUGAUUGUUUAUUUAAAAUAUAUAGACAGUUUGAAUUGCAGAGGUAAUCCCAAAACCAGAUGUCUAAGGGUAUCCGGUGGUUUAAAGUGUAUCUCUGCUCUCAGAGUUGUCUUUCAUGUCAUGCUCGAUGUACAUUUAAACAUGACUAUGCCUUGUUUUACUCAUUUUAAUCAGAUUUAGGAUUAUGAAAGAUAAACUUUUUUGACGUUUUAUUAAUAGCUUGUUAAAAAUAUGUUUUCAGUAUUUGUAUUUAUUUACAACUCUUAUUAAUUUCCUGUACAGAAAAAGAGGUAUUAAUUUAGUUUCAAAAAGUGUUAAUUGAAGCAAGUUAGAUAAGGGGAUUCAACUUUUGAAAAGAAAUUUUUUGACAUCAUUUUGUAAGUACAAAAUAGACAGACACCUUCCGAUACUCUUGUUAAUGUAUUCUCAACUACUGCGAAAUAGUUCAAGGUACUUUGCCUAUAAGUAUUUUUAAUGUACUAUCCUUCAUUUAUUGUUUAAAUGUAUAACUUAUUAGUUGUACUUGUUAGGGGCACGCCAUUUAAUAUACUCUGUGUACAUGGAAGAAAGCAUUAAAACCAUCUAUUACAAUAA